CUCCCCGCCCCACCACGUCCCAGCCGCCCCGGCCGUGAGCGCAGGCGGCCCUGCCACCGCACCUGCAGGGCGCUCACUGCCGGCACCCGCGCGCCACUGCUCGCACCCAGCCCUUCCCCACUGUCGCCGCGCGGUCGAUGACUCCCCAGGCCCCUGGCCGACGACCAUGACCACAUCCAUGCAAGGUGGGCAGAGCGCCGCCCGCGGGGCGGCCACCCAGGACUCGCCGCUGGCGGUGCAGGUGUGCCGCGUUGCCCAGGGCAGGGGCGACGCCCAUGACCCGGUGCGGGUCCCCGGACUGCACGCGCUGUCGCCCGCCUCCGACGCGACCCGCUACGGUGCGGCAGACAGGAGAAAAAAGAAAGAUCUGGAUGUUCUGGAAAUGCCAUCUAUUCCCAACCCCUUUCCUGAGCUCUGCUGUUCUCCGCUUACAUCUGUGCUGUCAGCAGGCCUGUUUCCCAGAGCAAAUUCAAGGAAGAAACAGGUGAUUAAAGUCUACAGUGAGGAUGAGACCAGCAGGGCAUUAGAAGUGCCCAGUGACAUCACCGCCCGAGAUGUUUGCCAGCUCUUGAUCCUGAAGAAUCACUAUGUGGAUGACAACAACUGGACCCUUUUUGAGUACCUGUCUCGCUCAGGUGUAGAAAGAACAAUAGAAGACCACGAGCUGGUGAUUGAAGUGCUGUCUCACUGGGGGAUGGAAGAAGAAAAUAAGCUGUAUCUUAGAAAAAAUUAUGCCAAAUAUGAAUGUUUUAAGAACCCAAUGUAUUUCUUUCCAGAACACAUGGUGUCUUUUGCACCUGAGACCAAUGGUGACAGAUCCCCUACACAGAUCCUGCAGAUGUUUUUAAGCUCAAGCACAUAUCCUGAAAUCCAUGGCUUCUUACAUGCAAAAGAACAGGGAAAGAAGUCUUGGAAAAAAGUUUACUUUUUUCUGAGAAGAUCUGGUUUAUAUUUUUCUACUAAAGGCACAUCAAAGGAACCACGGCAUUUGCAGUUUUUCAGCGAAUUCAGCACUAGUAAUGUUUACAUGUCACUGGCAGGCAAAAAAAAACAUGGAGCACCAACUGCCUAUGGAUUCUGCUUUAAGCCUAACAGAGCAGGAGGGCCCCGGGACCUGAAAAUGCUCUGUGCAGAAGAAGAGCAGAGCAGGAUGUGCUGGGUGACCGCCAUUAGAUUGCUUAAGUAUGGCAUGCAGCUGUACCAGAAUUAUAUGCACCCAUACCAAGGUAGAAGUGGCUGCAGUUCUCAGAGCAUAUCACCCAUGAGAAGCAUAUCAGAGAAUUCCCUCGUAGCAAUGGACUUCUCAGGUCAGAAGGGCAGAGUCAUAGACAACCCCACUGAAGCUCUUUCAGUUGCUGUUGAAGAAGGACUCGCUUGGAGGAAGAAAGGAUGUUUGCGCCUGGGGAAUCACAGUAGCCCCACUGCCCCAUCCCAGAGCUCUGCUGUGAACAUGGCUAUCCAUCGGUCCCAGCCAUGGUUUCAUCACAGAAUUUCUAGAGAUGAAGCUCAGCAGCUGAUUAUCCGGCAGGGACCUGUGGAUGGAGUUUUCUUGGUACGGGACAGUCAGAGUAACCCCAGAACUUUUGUACUGUCAAUGAGUCAUGGACAAAAGAUAAAACACUUCCAAAUCAUCCCGGUGGAAGAUGAUGGUGAGAUGUUCCACACCCUGGAUGAAGGCCACACAAAGUUCACAGAUCUCAUCCAGCUGGUGGAGUUCUACCAGCUCAACAGGGGGGUCCUUCCUUGCAAGUUGAAACAUUACUGUACUAGGAUGGCUCUUUAGCCAAUCUGUAUGUGACUCACUAAGAAAAAAAUGGAAGAAAACGGAUGCAAAGAAGACUGUUUAAGGAGAGAGAUAACAAAUAGGUUGAAAUUAAACCAUGGUAAAAAGAAUAUUUCACCUUUGAGUUACAAAAUGAUCAUGCAUUGAAAAUUAUUGAAGACUUGGAUUGGUAUUACACUCAUUACUUAAAAUUUAUUAGUUAAAAUUAAAUCUUAGUUAAAAAAAUGA